AUGUGGAGAGUGUCUACUCGCUUCCUUGUGCAGCGGCCUGUUGUCUUCAACGCUCGCAACCAGGCUGUCAGUCAUUCACUGGUCAAGAAUUUCCUCAGUAAACCACAAAUUGCCCCCAUUGGGGCUAGUCGAUGGCUAUCCAUCAGCCGAAUUGCAUGCAAUACACAUGCUGAAACAGCCCAAACUGCUGAUCCAACCAAGAAAAAAGAAACUUCCACGUUUAGCUAUGAAUUUUUAGAUUUUGAUAACUUUUUAACAGUCAAAGACGACCAGAAAGAUCCCUCAACGACUCCCUCACAACGUCCACCUCGACGUCCAAGAGCUCGUCCGAUACCACGCAUGGGUGAAAUUUAUUCCAAGGAAAUUCUCCUACUCGACUUUCAAAGAAUAUGCGAUUUAGAGUUUAUAUCUCAUAGUCUUGGCUGUGAUAUUAUUCGCAAUUGUGGCGAACGCUUGCGUGAUGUUAAACCUGAACAACGUAUCGAGUUAGUGCAUCAAUUUUGGGCAAAAUUGGCUUCUAGAGAUUAUAGAUUCAACGUUAAUCAUUACAAUGAAUUAUUAACGGUCUACAAUUUUUGCGAACACACUUUUUCACCUAUCGAAUUUCUGUCUUCCAUGAGAGCUAAAAAUGUUUCUCCUGACAAGACGACUUACAUCAAUAUAUUACAAGCAUAUGGUAUUCAAGGUGACAUUAAGGCUGCCAGACAGAACAACAUCAUGCCAAGCCAAAUUAGUUACACGGCUUUAGUUAACGCUGUCGCUGAACGAGGAAAUUGGCUAUCGCUAGAAAAGGUAUUUCAGAUGAUGCAAAAGGAUCACAUUUUGCCUGAUCGUCAUACUUAUAGCUCUGUAAUCAAAGCUCUUUCAAGAACUAAGAAAAGUUUUCUCAUUCCUAAUGUAUUGGAUAGUAUUGAAGGCAAAAUAUCUCUUUUUCAAGCUUUACGUGGCACGAUGAUCGACCUAUGCUUUGAGGGAGAUUUUCAGGGUGCCCUAUUUAUAUUGAAGGACAUCGUUCAUAUUAAUCCAAGCAAUCGGGACGAUAAUAUCAACAUGACACUCCGUUCUCUCCUUCGGGCUGUUGCUAGAAUGGAAACUGAAACAAAAGAUAAACUCAAUUUUAUAGGGGACAUUGAGCAUGAGAAAUUAAUCGAUCACUAUGUAUGGUAUGAUUUUCUUGAUGUUCUUCAUGAUAACAGAAACACAGACCUAGCUGUUGACUGCGUCCGCGAAAUGGCCCAGAGGAAAAUUCCAGUGCGAUCUCAUUUCGUAUAUCCUAUGUUUAUCCAGUACCGUCAAAAGGGAGAUAUUGAAGGAGCCGUUAAUUUGCUCCAUCUCAUGGAUUCUUGUAAGAUAUUGGGGAAUAAAAUAACGUAUUCGAUAUUUAUGUCUUGCUUUGGAAAGAAUAGAACUCUUAAUGAUAUUGUAUCAGCAAUUGAGAGUCACAAUAUCAAAGUAUCUCUUAGCCUGAUUAAUGCUAUCGCAACUCACCUAAAAAGUAUUGAUGAUUCUAAAAUUAUCGUUUAUAGUAUCAUUGAAGAGUUAGUAUCGAAUUUCGUUAACAAUGAGCAAACCUCACAAGCUGAAGAAUUGGUUGAAUCGCUAUUAAAAGAGGGUUUGGGAAAACAUGUCACUUCCAUUGUUCACACCAGAGUACUUAGUGGAUUAUGCCGUAAAAUGAACGAAGCUGCUUUUUUUAGGUACGGCAGGAUAAUGAGAGAUCAUAAGCUAUCACUCGAUAAAUAUCAGUACAGAGUUGUCUUGAAGAUGCUCGCAAAACUUGGUAAAGUAGAUUUAGCGCAGAAGUGCUUUGAUGAGUUAAAGGCUCAAGAUGGUUUAACGAAUCUAAGCUAUUCUCACUUAAUAUUCGCAUAUCAUGGGUCAAAGAAUUUCGACCAGAUUUUAAGAAUUUAUGAUGAAAUGGUAGAGAAGUCUGUAAGACCGAUUUCUGCGGCUAUUCAUAUGAUAAUUACGGCCCUACAACGGGCUGGGCGUGGAGACGAAGCAGCAGCAUUGCAAUCUAUUGAAAGUGAAAGUAAAGAUAUUAUGACAAUGAAUGUGUAUGUUGAAGCUGCGGCGUCACAGAUGAAUAUUGAAGCUGCUUUGGAAAAAUUAGCUGAGGUUAAAGCCGCAGGGAACACUCCUUUACCAUUUGCUUAUACAUCUUUGUUGAAAGCCUACAGAAAUCGAGGUGAUUGUGAAAAUGCUUAUAAGUUGUACUUGGAAAUGAAAGACUUACAAGUAGAAAUACCAAAGAUAUGUUUCGUUAUUUUGAUUGGAUUAUUCGCUGAAAGUCGAAACCUUGAUCGAGCAAAAGAGAUUCUUGACUGUGCUUUGGCUGAAAACAAAGUACCAUAUGUUAGGUCUUUCGAGCAGAUGAUAACGUUAGCUAUUUCUAAAAAUGAUCAAGAUACUGCUAAUACAUUUGUUAAGGAUAUGCGGAGAAUUUUUGAUAUCGAUUAUAAUGAAAUGCAAGAAAUAUUGUUAGCUUCCAAUUUAGCUGCAAACCAAGUGGCAGUUGCUGAUAAUUAUUACAAGUAUUUGAAGGGCGAAAAUUCCAGUCGUUUAAUCACUCGAUUUAAAGCGAUAGCUAAAACUUGUGUGAGAACCAAUAACUUAGAAAUAUUACAAACGCUUCAAGAGUUUACUAAACGUCAUCAUGUUCCUUUGGAUCAAUCCUAUCUUAACGAAGGGCUACUCCUUGUUUAUAGCAAUAACAAUGAUGUUAACCAAGGAAUCGAAUUAUACAAGAACAUGAAGAAUUCCAAUGCAGUGGUUUCUGAAAGAUUCACUACACUACUACAUUCGCUGUUACAAAGAAAUGAUAUGGAUAUUUCUGAAGUUGUAGACUAG